AUGAAACAGGCAGAAACACCGGAAGAGUUAAUGAUGCUAUCAAAGAAGGGACAAUCUGUAAUGAUGUUUGUUGGUAUUGGUGACGUUAAUGGUAAACGAGCGGAGAAGUUUUACACGGAAAGAUGGAUUGGAGUAUGGCGAAACAGUCUUUUCAAUAAUCAUAUCGACGUCCAGACAUUUACAAUCGACGAUAAUCGUGCAAUCUUCAUGUUUGCAGAUGGAUCGAAGGCCUGGGAAGGAAAGGAUUUCUUGUUAAAACAACCACAAGUAAGCGAAGUAUCGCUGGAAGGACGACAAUAUCCCGGAUUGGCUUCCAGGAAGAACAAAAAGGAGGAAUUGUGA